GACUAGUAUAGUUAUUAUUUGAAGUGCGUUUCGCAGACUAAUCAUUGCGAUUGACUGAUCAGCGCCAGCCUUUUAGCCAUGUGAGCGUGUUUUAGAAGUGAAAACAAACGAGCUCUUUGUUGCUAACUUACACAUGGCGCUGGUUUUAAAGCAGUUUAUUAUUUUAUUACUGUGAUCAAAGACCGAGGACAUGGAUAUUAUGAAGAUUCAAUGUGCGCGCAAGUGUGUGUGUGUGUAACCCUUUUGCAUAAAACGCAUUGUGAGAUUCUACUAACGUUACACCAUUUUGUGUUUACAGACCGCGUGCAGCAGUGCAUGCUUCAUUGUCCUGACAUCUCUGUAACUAAUGUGUCAAACAUACUGUUACAUACAGUUUGGGCGUAAAGAUGGAAAUAUCAUUGUCCACUUUGGUUUUGAAUGAUUACCAGGAUUUACAUGUUUCUAUGGGUUUCUACAAAGAAUGCACUACCGUGGAUUUACUAUAGUACAUGGUUCUCAACUGAUACAAGCUCACAGCACCAUGUCUGCGCCGUCUCUCCCGCCAGCGUCACCUGUCCUCGCCCUGCAUUCAAAAACACACAAGGACACAAUCCUGCGUAAAUUUGACAAUCUCAGAAGAAGGGAACAGCUCUGUGAUACAACCCUUAUCGUAGAAGACGUGCACUUCAAGGCGCACAAGGCCUUAUUAGCAGCGAGCAGUGAAUAUUUCUCAUUGAUGUUCACUGCUGAAGAUCAGGUAAGCCAGUCGGUGUACAAGCUGGACGGGAUGUCUGCGAAAACCUUCUCGGCCGUGCUUGAGUUCAUCUACAGCGCAAAUGUGUUGGUGGACCAGAGUAGCUCUGAGCAGCUGUUUGACAUGGCCCGCUUUCUGGACAUCCCAGAUCUGCUCAAAGCCCACAAGGUCCUUCAAAAGGACAGUUCAACGGUUGAAAAUGUGGUGUCCGCUCAGGGUGAAGGUGUUGAUGAAUGCACACAGAUUAAGCGUAAAAGAGGGCGCCCCAAAAAGAGCAUGUACACUCAGGAGUCAAGCCAGACAGAGAAUCCAGAAUGCGUUUUACCAACAGAGACUAAAGAGCCCACAGAACCUCUCUUAGAUCCCACUUCACCUCCAAGAGACCUAAGUGACAGCGACUACAACCCCAGAGAGGAAAACAGACCCCGUCACAGCAAGCGCAAAAUUCGGCAGCCUGUCAAACUGAAGGGAUACAGGUUAGGAGACAAUCUGACUGAGCGCAAGGAGCCGGGGAAGAGAGGGAGAAAGAGGAAGUACCCGGACACAGAGGCCAGAUGCGACGAGUGUGGGAAGGUUUAUAAAAACCAUCUGUUACUGAAGAUACAUCAACGAACUCAUACAGGUGAAAAACCGUUCAGAUGCAGUGUUUGUGGGAAGGGUUUCACCCAGAAACACACUCUUUUGGUUCAUCAACGCAUGCACACGGGAGAAAAGCCCUUCAUCUGCACGAUAUGCUCCAAAGCGCUGUCCACCAAACACUCCCUACUGGAGCACAUGAACCUACACGCAGAGAAUAAAUCUUUCAGUUGUGACCAGUGUGGGAAAAGCUUCAGUCAGAAGCGGCAGCUGAAAAGCCAUUACCGCGUUCACACUGGAAAAGCUUUACCUGAGUGUGCGCAAUGUCAUCAUAAAUUUAUGGAUGCAGCUCAACUGAAGAAGCACCUGAGAACUCAUACUGGUGAGAAGCCGUUUACAUGUGAAAUCUGUGGGAAGUGUUUCACAGCCAAGAGCACACUGCAGACACAUAUCAGGAUACACAGAGGAGAGAAGCCAUACAUCUGCAACGUCUGCGAUAAGACCUUCUCGGACCCCAGUGCCAGGAGGCGUCACGUGGCGUCUCACACGGGUAAAAAGCCCUUCACGUGUUCUGUCUGCAACCUGUCGUUUGCCCGAUUGGACAACCUUAAAGCUCACACCAAGACUCACAACAAAGAGCGUCAACCAGGAGAAGCUGAGAGCAUGGGCCCCGCGGAGGUGCAGGCCACAUCAGGGGCCGAAGAAAUGCACAACAUCCUCCAACUCCAGCCGUACCAACUUCCCACCCACGGUGAGCAGGAAAUCCAGCUGGUGGUGACCAGCGAGGUGGAAAACAUCAACCUGGGUCAAGAUCAAGCUAUCAGCAUCAUCACUGCAGAAGACACUUCUGUGGAACAGGGUCUCACGCUUCUCACCCAACCUUCUGGUCAAGUCCAAAACCUGGCACUGGUCGCACCGGACGGGUUAGACGGCAGCGCUCAAAUCCAAACCAUCAGCGUCUUGGGAAGUCAAGCAGACAGCGGGCAGCCGGAGCAGAUGCACGUCUUCACGCUGACAAAAGAAGCCAUGGAGCAACUGCAGGUUCAUCACGGAGCUCCACAGCAGCUGCAGGUGAUCCACCAGCUGUCCGAAACCUCGGAGAAUCCCAGCCGGUCGAGUCCAACAGGAGGCAUUCACGUCAGCAGUCAGAGCGGACAGCCCAUCUCCAUCAGCCAGACCAAUGAGCAGAUCCCCAGCCAUCAGAUCCAGGGUCAAACCUUCCAGAUCCAGGCGGGAACGGUCUCGUAUCUCUACACCACCAGUGUGACCCCGCAAAACUGAACUGACACAACUGCUUAAACCCUUUAGUUCUCUUUGGAUGCAAAUGGUUAAAUUAUAAUACAGUAAAGCUGAUUGGGAAUAAGCAGAACGUGUUUUUUUAGAUAAUGGCUGCAAUAUGGAUCAUGAAGUAUAUCCAUUAUUAAACUGCUUUUUUAUUUGUUAAUGACAAGACUAAAGAUAAUAAAUGGUUCACAUACUGUACAUAUAACUUCAAAUGUAUUUGUCCAAAAUCAGUUUAUUUAAGUGUAAUUGUCCAGCAUGACAGUAACAUUGGCUCUAACCAAUUGCCACUAUGCACUGUAAUUUCUGUAAUGAAAAGUCAUAUAAAUGAUAAUUUCAUUUUCUUUACUGUAAUGCAAUAAAACAUAUUGCACAUAAA